AUGUACACCUCCGACAUCGACCAAGACAGAGCACUUCUCCAAGUCUUCGCUGCUGCGGCUGCGGCAGAUUUUUGCUGCUGCGAAUUGCUGCAGCGACAGCAGCAGCGCGCAGGCCAGCGCCUCGUCCAGGUGGAACCUGCAGCAGCAGCAGCAGCAGCAGCAGCAGCAGCAGCAGCAGCAGCGGGCAGUGCCAGCAAGCGGCGCAGCGAGAGGAGGCGCAGCAGCGCAGCAAACAGCAGCAACAGUAGCAGCAUUAGCAGCAGCAGCAGCACUGCUAGCAGCAUUGGCAGCAGCGUAGCAGCAGUAUUGGCAGCAGUUGCAGCAGCAGCAGCAGCAGCACAAGAAGUAGGAGCAGCAGUACAAGCAGCAGUAGCAGCAGCAGCACAAGCAGCACCAGUACUAGGAGCAGCAGUGCUAGCAGCAGUUGUAGGAGCAGCAGCAGCAGCAGUUGUAGCAGCAGCAGCAGCAGCACGAAGGCAACAGAUCAGAAGUAGCAGCAGGAACAUAAGUGAGGAGACGAGCAGCAGCAGCCGCAACAGCAGCCACAAGCACCCACAGCAGCAGCAGCAGCAGCAGCUGCAGCAGCUGCAGCAGCAGAAGCAGCAGCUGCAGCAGCAGAAGCAUCAGCGGCGACACCCUAAAAGCAGCACCAUUUGCGGCAGUGGUGUCAAGAGCAUCUGCAGCAGCAGCAGCAGCAGCAGCAGCAGCAGCAGCAGCAGGACACACUCACCGUGGAUGUUCGGGACUUGUUGA